CGUCUGCUGCUCUACUCGCUAGAGCGCGCAGUAUAAUGAGUCUUGUCAAAAUGGUGACUCGGGUGAAAUGGAAGGUAGUUGAUGUGUUGCUAUUAAUAAAUUUAUCAUUAUUAUUUUUAUUUGUCCAAGGUUAUAAGCAUCCAAAAAUUUGUUCUCAUAAGCACCCUCAACCACACGAGGUCCAACACGUCCAUCUGGAACCACAUCACAUAGUUCGUAAAAGAAGUAUUUCUCAACCUCUUAGAAUAAAAGUAUUUUAUGAUAAAAGUGUUUACAGGUUACCUCCUGAAAAAUUUGAAGUGAUAAAUAACACAAUCUUGCCUCAAGCUUUAGAAUAUUGGGAAAGAACACUUUUAGUUAGGCCUAUGGUAGUACCUAUUAGAUUAAAUAGAAAAUGCCCUAACAACCAAGCCUUUUUUCCAGUCAAUGUCUCCGAGCAGCACUGUAAGGAGCGUUGUGAGAACGUGACGACAUGCGGUGAAGUUGUCGUUCCUGAGGAACAUUUAGAGCCCUGUCGUGUAUGUAGUGCCACCGGACACUUCUGUACAACUUCUGCUCCUAAAGGCGUUGGCAUUCAAGAUGCAGAUUUUGUAUUUUACGUGUCUGCCAUGCAGACGGACCGAUGUCACAAAGGUCAGACGGUCGCCUAUGCCGCCCAUUGUCAGCAAGAGGCGGCAUUGGACAGACCUAUAGCUGGACAUGCUAAUUUGUGCCCAAAUUCCAUUUCAACUAAACCCCAAGAUUUGGAUACCUUGUUAUCUACCGUUAAACACGAAAUUUUGCAUGCAUUAGGUUUUUCAGUUAGUUUGUACGCAUAUUUUCGUGACAAGAGUGGGUAUCCGCUGACCCCUAGAGGAAGGAAUGGGAAGCCAAUGGUGAACAAAGUGAUUCAAGCCCACCAGUGGAGCGAUCGAGUGAUUCGAGAAGUCGAGAGGAGAGACUGGAAAGUGAGGGGAAAUGUGACGAGGAAGACAGUUAAGAUUGUUGUAACACCCCGUGUGCAGGAGGAAAUCCGCAGGCAUUUCAACUGCGCCUACCUGGAGGGCGCCGAACUCGAGGAUCAAGGAGAGGACGGCACAGUCCUCACCCACUGGGAAAAAAGACUCUUCGAGAAUGAAGCGAUGACGGGUACACAUACACAAAAUCCAGUAUAUUCCAGGAUAACGCUGGCUCUCAUGGAAGAUACAGGAUGGUAUAUGCCAAACUAUGCAAUGGCGCAAGAAUUGAAAUGGGGUAAAAACUUGGGUUGUGAUUUUGCGUUCAAAAGUUGUAAAGAUUGGAUAGACACUAGAAGAGCUCGGGGUGAGAGCAUUCAUCCAUACUGUGAUAAAGUGAAGAAGGAUCCUCUCGAGACUGAGUGCACCGACAGUAGAGAUUCCGUUGCUUUGUGUAAUUUAGUGGAAUAUCCACAAGAACUACCCCGUAUUUUUCAAAAUUUUGAUUACAUUCCUGGUGUUCCAAGUCAAGAGAUUGGGAGAUAUGGAGGUUCCGUUAGCCUUGCAGAUUACUGCCCUUAUAUUCAGGAAUUCACCUGGAAAUCGAACAACAUCGUUGUGAGAGGUUCGCAGUGCCAGUUUCCAGAAAAUAUGCCUCAACCCGAAAAGAACUUUGCCCUGGAGUAUUACGGUGCUGGCUCUAAAUGCUUCAACCACAACAAGGACAUGUGGGAGGAGAGAACAUGCCAGCAAGUUCGCCAGUGGCAACACUGGGGCAGCGGAUGCUACAGGUACGAAUGCAGGAACGGGCACUUGCAUGUGAUCGUGGCCAACCAUACUUAUACGUGCUUCCACAUGGGUCAGCAGCUGAAGAUCCAGAUAUUUUUCCAAGGCUGGCUGCACAUCGGCACCAUCGUCUGCCCUCCUUGUCACGAGAUUUGUGGGGAGAAUGACGUCAACUGCCAACCAGAUUCAGUGAAAUCUUACUAUGCGUCUUCUGACAAGAAGUACCACUACGACGAACUGCCUUGUUGUAGCAUGUGCCUCACCUCCAACUGGAUAGUAGUCCUAGCACUAUUGACUAUCCUCUAUCACUAUUUAGAAAGAUGAAAUUUAAUCUAAAUUUUUAAUACAAAUUUACCCAUGGUGCUUUCUUAAAACAUCUGGUAAGUGUGCACCAGAUGGUCACGGACAAAGUUACAAGAGAACCAAGGACUCUAAAUCCAUGUGAGAUCUUGAUAAGGCUCUCAUAUAUUGGAGAAAUUUCGAGAAGAAACUGAAAACAAAUUCAAAGCAUUUAACAAGAAAAGUUACAAAUGCUGUAUUAUAAUAUAUUUUCAAAAAUGAACUAUGCUGUUAAAUAAUUAUGAAAUGGUGGGUAUUUGAACAUUUUAGAUUACUUUUAAUUAUGUUGAUUAUAUGUUCUGUGUCUAGUUUUGUUUCAUCGGUGUUGUUCUCGAGACAUUUAAUUAAUGUUGUGAGCAAAUGGUACAAAUGGAAUGUGUAAUAUAUAUAUAUAUUAAUUGUUUUUUAAAUAUUUUUAAAAAUUACUUAAUAUUUUUUAACUGUCUCUCUCUGGUGAUUUUAUUAACAAUUAUUUUCGUUCAUGUGCUUUUUUUUUUUUUUUUUUCCAACUGAAAAAUACAGAGUGCGAGAUAUUAAUUAUCUUAGUGUUAAUUUACAGUGGGAAAAACUUUUUUUUUUUGCUAAACUAUGCCUUGUUUUGGUAAUUAAUAUUGAGCUUAAUAUUACUUAUCAGAAAAUAAAUAAAUAUUUCUUCUAAUUGCUCAGUGCCUGCCGGAAAAUUAUAUUUAGUGAAGAAUUUUAAAACUUUUACUUCUUUUUUAAACAUAAUUUUAGAGCCAAAUAAGUUUUCAAAAUUUAA